GUCCUGUAGGCGGCCGCUCUCGUUUCCCGCCGGCGCCUUUCCCGGCUCGCCAAAUCUCCGCGAUUGACUUCAAGGCUACAAGAAGAGCCGUGCUGCUCAGGCCACAGGUCCCUGCAUUAGCCGAACAUUCUGCUGGAACGCUGGCCAAGCAGCUGCCUGCAAGAAAUCCACAGGGUGCAGCAUGCAGACAACCAGGUUGUUCACUCUGGUGCUGGUGGUGCAGCCCCAGCGAGUUCUGCUGGGGAUGAAGAAGCGUGGCUUCGGAGUCGGACUGUGGAAUGGAUUUGGGGGGAAGGUGCAGCCGGGCGAAACGGUGGAGCAGGCGGCGAGGAGGGAGUUAGAGGAAGAGAGUGGACUGACGGUGGACACCCUGCAGAAGAUGGGCUGCAUCACCUUUGAGUUCGUGGGCAACACUGAGCUGAUGGAGGUCCAUAUCUUUCGUGCCGACAGUUUUCAUGGAAAUCCCACAGAAAGCGAUGAAAUGCGCCCUCAGUGGUUUGAGCUAGACAAGGUGCCCUUCAAGAGCAUGUGGCCGGAUGACAUCUACUGGUUCCCUCUCCUGCUUCAGAAGAAGAUGUUCCUUGGCUACUUUAAAUUCCAGGGGCAGGACACUAUCUUAGAUUACUCCCUGAAUGAAGUGGAGAAGCUGUGAGGAGGAGGCCUCCUGCUGGGUUGGAAUGCAUUGCCCAUUUAGUGCAAAAGGAAAAUACUUGAUGGUACGCAAAAGCUGCUUCACACAAAAGAGAGUUCUUUCUUCAACACACCAACGGCCAACAGACGAAUGAGGCACCUGCCGUCUUGCAGGUGAGCAAAGGACGGUGCAUGUGUGUUCUCGAACGGGGACCCUUACUGUUUACUCCUUCCCAGCUAGGCUUUUUGGGGUGGCCACUGGUUCCAUUUGAGCACGUGCUCCAGUGAGCUUUCUCAAUGUACUGAGAUACGGUUCUUGUCCUGUAUGUUGGAGUUAUAACUGGAGGACUGGCCCCGAACUUCUCAGAUAGUCAUUAUCUGAGCCAGCUGCCUAUUCCUGCCUCAGCUUUUCAUCUUUCUUCCUGGCCACUGUUGAGUCAGAGGUGUUGCAUCCUGUACUUUCUGGGAGGAAGUCUUAUGGAAGGAAAGACCAGCAGGUGGUAUCAGGUUGUCCUUCACUCUCCUUGAUACGACUUCAAGGAGACUUAAAAUAUCUCUGCACAGAGGCAGCCUCCAGUUCAGUUCCAAGUCCCUCCAGCUAAGGCAAGGGAAAACCACAGUCCUUGGCUCACCAGGGUUCAAAUGACCAAGCGAUAUCCAUCCCCACCCAUCCCUAUCGCAAGCACAAUGCUCAGAAAAUGAAUAAUGCAUUUACAGCUGAAAUAAAGUUUACCUUUUUAAUGCAUUGUACAGGUCUCUUACAAAUACAUUGUUUUGUGACAUUUCA